AUGUUAUUAAUAAAAGUACAAUAUCGAAAUAUUGAAGAUUAUCGAGCUCUUGAUACAAUUGCAAAUUUAUUUAAAUUUGUGUAAUCUGAAAUGACUUUUGUGAGCUCUAAAAGUGAUUAAUGUCCAAUAAACUAAACUCAGAACUAUAGGAAAUCGAAUAUUUGCUAUAAUAUUUUCAACUAAUAGAGUGGAUAGGAGUUGAAUUAAAUACAAUAAAAACAUUUAUUCUACUAUUUGAAACAUUAGAGUUUGUUGUAGGAACUGUUGUUGCUUUUUGAUCCUGAAUAAUUUAUUAUUGGAAAUUGGUCCAUAGGGUACAGCAAGGAAUCUUAUUUUUCAGCCUACUAGGCUAUAGGUUAUUAUUCUACUUUUGAUAUUGCUACAAGGCCAUUUUAUAUAAAUCAUAUCAAAAAAGCUAAUUCAUCUCAGUAUAUUUUUAGUGAUGUGUUUUUUAACUUUGAAAAAGAAUAUAAAGUCACAAUUUCAAAAAACCUUACAACAGACGUAACAGAUGGAAUUGUAGCCACGUAAUUUGAAUUUAAAAUAAUUAAGAAGUUCUUUUAAGAAAAUUUCCUAAUUCUCAACUAAGAUGGACUAAUAUUGAUUGGAAAUGUAUAAAUGUAUUUUUAACCAAACAGAACUAAUGUUUAUUUUUUUAAUGAAAGUCUGACAGGUUUCAAUGAAUAUGAUUGGAACUCUGUAAAGAAUUACAUGGAUAACAAUAUUUUAGAUUCGAAUUGCACAACUACCAAUUCUUAAUAUUUAUGUAGAUACAAUAAAAUUACAGAGCUAAAUGUUAUGAUAUUUGGGAGAUUUUUGCGGUUUUCCAAUUUAAUAUUGAUUAUGUAAAAAAGUGUUUAUUUUAAGAUUAAAGAAUUUAGAGCAGGACAAAGAUCUAGAAAACCAGCUAAUUUGGAUAAGGGAUCAGAAGAACAAUCAAAUUGCAACAUUGCUGAUUAUUCAAUUAUCAGCUGCCUUUGGUACUAGUCUAAUUGCCAUUUUGAUUUUGAGAUACAUUUGUAGAUACAUGACGUAUCUAGAGAGAUUGGCAAAUUCACAUAUUCAAAAUAAGCCUGUUGACUUUCAGGUGUAUUCAUUUCUAAGAGAAAUAAGACAACACCAAAAAUCAAGCUCUACAAAUAUUACACUAAAUCUAUCGGAUUCCUAUUACAAAUUAAUCUCAUAAUUAACAGCAAGACCGUUUAUAAAGAAUGAGGAAUGCAAGAAUUUUGAAUCUUUUCAAUUUCCAUACUACAAAAAAAAGUUAAAUCUAUCCAAGUGUAAGAUUGAUACUUCACAAUUAAAUAAUAAGACCGAGAGAAUUAAAUCAAGUUACAAGGCUCUAAUAUUGAAUCUGUUAAGAUAAUCAUAUUAAACUUGUUGA